AAUGCUCCGUUCAUACGUUAUCGUGAAUGCAUUGAGUAUAGUCGCGCGUUCGGAUUUAGCGGGUCUCUCUCUCACCGAAACCGUUUUUCUUGUCAAUGAAAUUAAAGAUACCAAAAAAAUAUAGUAGCAGAGCAGUUUUGGAGUCGGAGUGCUUGUGGAUUCGAAGUUUGAACUAAUUUAUAACCCCUCAGUGUUGAUGUGAAUUGAAGAAGAUUCAAUUGGAAUGUGCGAUUAUCUUGGACUGAACGGUGAAAUCGGAGGAUAUUUGUCCAGUUACAGCCGGGAAGCAUAGAUGUGUCGUAUGGUGGUUGAAUGGAUAAUUGCGUUCAAUACAUAUGAAAGAAAGUUUAGCCUGUAGACAUGAGUGAGGUUAUGUGUAGUGCUUUAUGUUUACCUUUUAUUUUGACAAUUUGACGAGCGCAGCUGCGCGUCUCAUGACAUCCCCAGUGACUUUGACAACCAACAAUCAGGGAACAUCGAUUUUUGUUGUAUGUGUCUCUGCGCAGAAGGACUACGAACAUAUCCUGACCCGAAGAUACUGGGGACCUGUGAAUUGUUUUUCCAGCAAAAGCUCUUGCUGAGUGUAGUGGACACGGAACUAAUCGCGGACGCGGAUUGCUCGUAAUCGAAUACGGAACGAAUGAACGGCGGCUCCGAAGGCUCAACAGCAGCCUGCCAAAGUGUGUAGCAAAAUAAUGUUUGUGAUAGCAGUGAAAAAUGCGGCUGCUACUGAAAACAGAAAUCUUUGAUCCGUACUUUGUUGUUCUCGUUCGAAGUGUACUCGAGUGGUGAGUGAUAAAACAAAUGAAGGAUGAGCGAAAACAAAAAUGUCAAAAGUGCUGCCGCCGACUCCUAAGCAGAGGGAGAAAUUCCAAUGAAAUAAGUUUAUUGCGCUAGAAAGUUUUCAGUUCGCAUCUUAUUACCAGCAGUGAUUGUAUCUGAGAAUAUCCGUCGCAAAGGUAAUCAAGACACGCGCGGCCUUGAUUUUUCCGUUGUAGCAUCAGGAUAGAGCAAAAAAAAACUCGUUCUGGCAAACACAAGCACACACCAUGCCACAUCAGUAUGGAAUACCUGGCUAUGGCCAGACUCCUCCGAGUCCACCUACGCACCACGGUGGAGCUCUUAUUCCACGGCUUGGUGGAGGAGCCGUUAUUCCAGUUUCCGCUAACUCAACUGCUGGCAGUAUGGGCCCGUCCGGAAACGCAAUUUUCCGGGGUCCCAUCGAGGAGCGGAGACUUACGCGGGAAGCGAUGGAGAAAUAUCUACGGGAUCGCAAAAACAUGGUCAUUGUGAUAUUGCAUGCAAAGGUUGCCCAAAAAUCCUACGGCAAUGAGAAGCGCUUCUUCUGUCCCCCUCCCUGCAUUUACCUAUUCGGCGAAGGCUGGCGGUUGCGUAAGGAGCAGAUGCUGCGACGUGGCGAAAGCGAACAAUCCACCCAACUAUGUGCCUUCAUCGGUAUUGGCAGCUCGGACCAGGACAUGCAACCGCUAGAUCUGAACAACUCGAAGCAGUACUGUGCCGCCAAAACGCUAUUCAUCUCCGAUUCGGACAAACGGAAACACUUUAUGCUGUCGGUGAAAAUGUUCUACGGCAAUGGGCACGACAUCGGGGUGUUUCAGUCCAAGCGAAUCAAGGUGAUAUCGAAACCGUCGAAGAAGAAACAAUCGCUCAAGAACGCCGACCUGUGUAUAGCGAGUGGCACCAAGGUGGCGCUGUUCAACCGGUUACGAUCGCAAACCGUUUCGACGAGGUAUCUGCACGUGGAGGACGGACACUUUCAUGCCAGCUCGACGCAGUGGGGCGCGUUUACGAUACAUCUGCUCGAUGACAACGAGAGCGAGUCGGAGGAAUUUCAGGUCCGAGACGGGUAUGUGCACUACGGAGCCACGGUCAAGCUGGUCUGUUCCGUGACGGGGAUGGCCCUGCCACGGCUAGUCAUACGCAAGGUGGACAAACAGAUGGCACUGCUCGAGGCGGACGAUCCAGUGUCACAGCUCCACAAAUGUGCAUUCCACAUGAAAGACACCGAACGGAUGUACCUCUGUCUGUCCCAGGAGAAAAUCAUCCAAUUCCAGGCGACACCCUGCCCGAAGGAACCAAACAAGGAGAUGAUCAACGAUGGCGCCUGUUGGACGAUCAUCUCCACCGAUAAGGCUGAGUACCAAUUCUACGAGGGUAUGGGGCCGGUGAGGACGCCGGUCACACCAGUGCCAAUAGUCAAUUCGCUGCACCUCAACGGAGGCGCCGAUGUGGCGAUGCUGGAAAUUACGGGUGACAACUUUACGCCAUCGUUGCAGGCGUGGUUUGGAGACGUCGAAGCGGAAACAAUGUAUCGGUGCGCAGAAUCGCUGCUCUGCGUCGUACCGGACAUCUCACAGUUUCGCGGGGAGUGGUCAUGGGUCCGUCAGCCAACGCAAGUGCCUAUUUCGCUGGUACGCAACGACGGUAUCAUCUACGCGACGGGACUGACGUUCACCUACACGCCAGAACCUGGUCCUCGUCAGCCAUGUGCGGCCUCGGACGAUGUUCUCCGGCGGAACAACAACGCAAAUAGCAAUAGCAGUAAUAACAACAACAACAGUAGCAACAGUAACAGCAACAUCAGCACAACGACGCCGGGCGGCGGAGUUGGUUCCGGUGGCUCAUUGCCACCGAUCUCGGACGUGGCCUGGAGCGCACAUGCCGGUGGAAUUCCGUAAGAUAAUCGCUUACUAAUUUUUCGGAGGGUAACAUAUUUAUUGUUUUUUUGUUCGUUGGUUCCACUCGGAUGAGGAAUUACCUAACUAUACAUAUAUUUGCUAAUUUAUAUACAGUAUUUUUUACGUAACGGGCAAUCAUACCGAUUGAGAAACAGUGAGUAAUCUCAACAUUUUAUUCCUACUACGAAAAUCAAGCAAACGAAGAAAGAAAAACAGAACAUAGGCCAAUGAACACAUUUCUAUAUAUUGCGGGCAGGAAAAAGAACACGUUCAAGUAUAUUUUUCCUAAGAUUUUUUUCUCUCCUAUAGCAGAGAAAAAUGUAGACUAUCAUUUCCUACUCUAUUUUUAAGGAAAGCCGUAUUUUGACAGAUUUUUUGUAAUAGAAACACUAUUUUUAAGAUGAGAGAUUACGUGAUCAAUCACACAGACAUUGAGAAAAAAGUGAUAUAUGCAGGUUUUAAAGAAUAAAAACAAAGUAUUUAAAAUUAAAACGUGAAAACAAAGUGACUAUUACUUUUUUUUGUUGCGAAGGAAAAAUCUGACAACGAAACGUUUUUUAGAGGGUAGCUAAGAAUCACACCGUUUAUCGUUCUGAUAACUGUUCUUUUAAGAGAUGAAGAAACACAGCAACAGACAAACAAACAAACAGAGAAAAAAGCCGAAGCAUUUUAAACUGGGAAUAAAAUUGCCAAAGA